CGACGAGAACAUGCCCUUGCCCUGCCCCAGACUGUUCUGGCAAGCUCUCCCUGGGCUCCCCAGCAAGUGGGGCAAUGUGUGCCUCCCCUAAUCCUGAUCCCAGCGCUGCCCUGGAGGGAGGCACACAUAAACAACCAGCGACACGCAGGCACACGGCUCUGUGCCUGACUCCAGGGCUUUUGCUCUUAGGAACCACAAGCAACAAGUAAUUACCCGUGGUCUCCUGCAGAGAGAAAUGUUCAGCUCCUGCCUCCCCUGGAAAACACUGUUUGUUCUAAGUUUAGCAGUUCUUCUUGCAGGUUUUACUGAAAUGGGAGCUUUUGCCAGUCUAAGUGAAUGCAAAAGUGCAACCAUAGAUGAUGUGAAUGGGAGUCUCCAGAAAUAUUCAAAAUGCUUGCCUGAAAUGAUUGCCAAGGGUGAAAAAGCUUCAAUCAAUUUCCUGGCAUGGACACUGCAAGAAACACUUGAUCUGCUGCGCCCUGUUCAAGAGCAGUUUUGCAAGCAGCUACCUCCGUGCCCACGCCCAGUGGCCCCAAAGAACGGGGGGCUGGUGUGUGUGACCAUUGACAGCACUCAGUACUGCAAACCCAUGUGCAACAAGGGUUAUGACUUUGAGUUCCUCAGAAGCAGCAGGCUGUAUGAAGCGUGUGGCAAUGCCACUGGGUUUUCCUGGACCACGCAGCUUGUCGGGGGAAAGGCACUGGCUGUUUGCAACCCCUCUGAAGUGGCCAUCAGUGGAGCUAAAUCUGCCUAUUUCCCCGGCAACAGCACCUGUGUGCACACGCUUGCCUUCCCUGAGAGCCAGGGAGAGCAGCUGGACAUCUUCCUCAAGGAGCUCUCUGAGCAGGGCAUGGACGGCUCCAGCCGGGACCAGGGGGCUGAUUGUAUCAUCUGUGGUUACUAGCACACCAAGCAGCCUGGGCACAGCCCAGCCUCUGGCUGCACUUGGACAGCAGAAGCAGAGCAGUGAAAUCACGGCUAACACAUGUAAACACACUGCUUUUGUUUAGUUAAAGGGCUGGAGAUCAUAGUCAUGACCUCAGCUUUGGGGUACAGGUAUAUAGGUUAAAUCUAAUCCCACAGCUCAUGGCAGAAGAGUUUCAAAGAAAGAAGACCACUUUUAUGGCUUAAAUUUAUCUAGCUGGAAUUAAAUAAGAACUACUGUUUUGUUUUUUUUAAUGGAUGCCUUCUAAUUGGCUUGAAUUCUUCAGGAUCUCUGAAGACAGUGAUAACACUGAUUGUUAUCAAAAUUUGUCCUGUGUCAGAGGUCAUCUUUACUGAGAAAGGACCACACUUUUACUCACUUACAGUUGCCAGUUAAUCACUAUUAUUGCUUUGAUGAUCAUUAAAGCUGUGUAAGGGACAGCAGUUCCUGGCUGUAGGGGUAUAAUAUUUUAGCCCCUUGCUUGCUUGGCUGGGGCUUAGAACAGCAGCAGAAAACCUGCCCAUUUGUCCUGGCACUAAGUGAAGGUGAAGAUCAAAGGCAACUCAGCACUGGUGAUCCAGCUUAUCUGUGGAGCUGUAGCUACUAAACAACAUGCAUGUGAAUUAUUAUGAAAUAUAAACAAGAAACUUAGUUACUGCUUGAUUGGUUUUCAGUGCAAUCUGUGCUUGGGGUAAUAUUUUAAUUUUCUUCUGUUGAGCAAACAGUAAAGCUGUAGAUCUGAACACAGA